GAUGCAUACAAGCAGCUGGAGGGGCGAGCGUGAGUUUCUGCUCAUUUCCUCCCCUUCUCAAUUAAAUCGCGUCUGAGUCAGCGCCUCGCCCUGUCCUCCCCACCCCCGUUCUCCCCUCCCAGGCCAUUGACAGGCACACGCCCGGAGGACCCGGGGACCAGCCGCCCUUUGUGAUGCUGAUUCGGGCUGGAGGAGCCCCUCCGUCUUUUGUCUGAUGUUUUCCAGGCAGACGGAGGAGGAGAGAGCGCAGCAGCAGCUCUUGAAAAUUGACCAGCCCCCCCCCCCCGAGCUGCGCGUCACAUCGGAGCAAAGACAAAACGCCCGCCUGCCUGGGCUUAGCGCGCACGCACAGCCGGGUCGGGAGGCAGACGGAGGCGCUUCCCUUACACAGGAAACACAGGGCUUGGUGAUUCCCCCCAAAAAAUAUUGUCGAUCCAGGCUAUUACCCCUCCAGGGCAAACCGUCUUAGGCAGGCGCUGGCCAGGUGAGAGAGCCCCCGGGCUUGGAGAGGCGGAAAUGUAACAUUUCAGCACCCUGGACAGUUCCGAGCGCGGCGGCGCUGCUUUGACGGUCGGGCCAUGGCGAGCGUCCAGCAGGGCGAAAAGCAGCUGUUCGAGAAGUUCUGGAGAGGGACCUUCAAAGCCGUGGCCACGCCAAGACCCGGCAGCGUCAUCGUGGCCAGCAUCACCUCCCGCAAGCCCCUGGCCAGCACUGAGGCACUCAGCUGCCUGCCGCUUCCAACAGACAACAAGCACCCGGAGGAGCCAUGCCAAACUCAAGAGACCUCUAGCACCAAUGGCUGUGUGAGGUUGAAAGACAGCCAGGAGUACGCUAGGCACAAAUCAUGCAGCCCAUCCUGUACUGAGGAAUUCACACCACCUCCUACCAAGGGGAAGAAGAAAAAGAAGAAAUCUACACGAAAGAAGAGAAGGAGGUCUCCGUCCUGCAGCCCCUCCCCACUGAAGAAGAAGAAGAAAAAGAAGAGCUCGAAGAAAAGAAAAAGAAACAGGUUUUCUUCAAAGAAGAGAAGACACAGUUCCCCAAGCCCCAAAAGCAAAAGGAAGGAAGAAAGAAAACACAAGAAACAAGAGGACGGCACUGCUGGCGGGGCUGGAGGAGGUGGGCAGUGGCUGAAGGGCGGCUCCUUCGGGGGGGAAGAGGUGGAGGCUGGAUGCGCUCUCGCAGUCAGUCACAGAAAUCCCAACGCCGCCGCCAUCGCCGCUGCCGCUCUGGCUCAGAGAGCACCAAUUCCCUCACAGAGAGCUGUGGAAGCAGGCCGGGAGCCAGAUCACGGGACGAAGGGCAAAGCGAGAUGGAAACACUCCCGGCACUCUUUGAAGAGCCUUCGAAAGCCCGAUGGCACUACAGAGCUGACCGCCACUCCUUUCCCCGGCUGCACCCCCCAGAACGACAGCUUGCUUCCCUCCACAGAAGCUAUUUCAAAGUCUGGGUGUCCUGCUGACCUUUUUAAAAAAGCAGAGGGUCGGGUUGGCAGGCUGGCCCAACAGAAUGGAGAACCCCACGAGUACGACUCAGGAAAUGAUACUUCUUCCCCUCCAUCCACCCAGACAAGUGCAUCCAGGUCAAAGGGGGGCCCCAAACCACCAUGUGAUCAAGUCUGUGAUGGUUUCAGCCGGGCCUUCUCUUCCGGGAAGGUGAGCAAUGGGAGCAGUUCUGAUUCAGGAAAUUCCUUCACCAGCUGCUUCUCCCGGACGAAGGGGGCAACUUUAGACAAUCCAUCUCCAAGGGUUCGAACCAAGGAUCAAAGGUCAUGUGCCCGGAAUGGUUCUACAUCCAGCAGGUCAUCUCCAGAGUCUAACCACUCCCAUUUAUUACAUCACAAGGCGGGAUCCCGGUCUUCACACAGCAGAUCCUGUUCAUCAGGGACAAGAUCCUAUUCACGUUCUCCUAGCUACUCACCCAAGUCCUGCAAGAGAAGCCCCGGCAGCAGAAGCUCCAGGCAGCGGCGAAGUCCCAGCUAUGCUCGCUAUAGUCCUAUCAGGGACCGUGAACGAGAUCACAAGUACGGGUCCAGUGGGAAGGAGUCUCACAGGCACCGUGACCGCCGACGCCGCAAACAGUCAUAUUCACCCAUGAGGAAGCGGAGAAGAGAUUCCCCCAGCCAUCUGGAAGCCCGACGCAUAACAAGUGCCCGGAAGCGCCCAAUCCCCUACUACCGCCCCAGCCCCUCUUCCUCAUCCCCCAGCAGCAUCAGCAGCUACUCCUCCUGGCACAGCCCCUUCAGCUACUCCUCCAGCCGUAGCCGCAGCUACUCCAGCAAAAGGACCAGCCGCAGCAGAAGCUGGAGCAGCAGCGGCAGCAACCGGAGCCGCAGUGGCAGCAGCUCAGGGGCACGGAACAGCCGGCGGAGCGGCAGCAGGAGCGGCGAGUCGGCAGGCAGCUACGACAGCUUGCGGCGUUAGCGGACCACGGCCAGGAGGGGGUGCCCUUCCCUCCCACUUCAAUGGACUCAACGGAAUUAAUUUCUCAAGGGGCAGAUCCGGAAAGGCUUCCUGUUCUUGACCAGAAGCAAACGUCGCCACUCGUUCAGCAACCCUACGUUGUGGGGGACGUCCCAGAAGGAUGCAUUUUUCUAUCUUUUUUCCACCUGACCCACCAACCCAUGGGGAAAAAACCAGCCAUGAAACUGAUCCCUUGUCAUUGCAGGCCUGUGAGUGCAAACCUGGGCUGUCUCUAGCACGUUUCUCCUGCACGGAUGGGAUCUGCUUCACACCAGUCCAUCAGCUCUGGGAACUCAAGAGAACUGGGUGCGUCCUCCUCUUGCCUGUAUCACAGCCACCGUUGGACCGUCCCAUUGAGGGAGUGCUGUUGAUGCCUCACCCCAAAUUCCUCCACUAUUCAGCAGGUCAUGUUGCUGGUUCCUGUUGCUCCCCAUUAAAGGCGGAGUGGACUUUGCUAUGUCAUCCAUUAAGAAUCCUGCAUUGCAGGGGGCUGGACUUGGAUGGCCCUCCCAACUCUACAAUUCUAUGAUCAAUCCCUUUGAGCUUCUGUCCUCCGUGUCCUCCUUCCUCUUGUGAUCUGCACCCUCAACCUUCCCUGGCUGACCCAGGCGGCUGCAGAAAUCUCGCUUUCUGCCACCAGAGAGUGACAGUCGUGUGACGACACACCAGUUGCCAGCCUUCCAAGGACAUCAAACUGGAUCGUCAAACUUCUUCGUUAAGACGGCAGCAUUUCCCAGUCCAGGCCAUGGAACUUAGUAUGACCCGAGGGUGAGGAACUUGUGGCCUUCCAGAUGCUUGAUGGACUCCAUCAACGUCCAUCAACUCCAAGCCAACAUGGCCAACAGUCAUGGAUGUUUGUGGUCUUCCCAGCUGGGUCAUCUUGAUUGGCCAUCACAGGUUGCUGGAUGAGAUGGGCCUUUGGCUGGGCUCUUCUUAGAUAUUUUUGGAGAGUUGAAGUCCCACAACAGCUGGAGGGGCACGGGUUCCCCACAACCAGGACCACCCCCAACCUACCAUUCUCAAACCCACCUCCGGAAUUAAUGAGGAGGAGUUAAAAUCUACCAAGCUAAUGAUGCAGGGAAUUUGAGGGAGGGGGUAAAGUGAAGUGAAAUAGCAUCUCCAACAUAGAUAAGGGAAGUCCAUCACUCUGAGGAAGGCGAGGCAUCAUGCGCAUUAAUACCCUUUGACCCGUAGCAACAUUCAUUUUUGUAAAACCUGUAUAAAUAGAGGCAAAAAAGGAGAGAGAGAGACAGAAGUUCCGUGUUAUUUAUUGGAGGUGGGAGGGAUCUCUGAACAACCCCCUCCUCCACUGUAUUGCAUCCACCCCAACCUUUCCUGCCAGACCACAUAGAGGGUGGUUAAAUGUGGGAUUUUGCAGACCCUGGAAAGAUGUCCCUGCUUAGAGGGCUGUCCACAGGCGUUUGACUCCAUGGCAGCAAAGGCUCCUUCUUUUUCCCCCAAUCCGACCGUGUGCUGUUACAUGUUCCUUUGUUAUUUAUUGAUUGCUGUAAUUAUUUAUUACGUUUGGGAUUCGGUCCUGAGUUGCAUGUCAAUCACUUGCUGUCGCUAUCAAAGUUUAAUUUGUUCCCAUUUUUGAGCACUAAGUUAUUAGUAUUUAUUAUUAUUAUUAUUAUUAUUAGGGUUGUUUUGUUUCAUUUAAUGCAGGAAUGUAGAGGCCCACGAGUGGCGUUCAGGCUCAGUUUUACUAUAUUUUGCUACCUCUGCUCUUUCCCCCUAAUUAGGAAUGUCAGAAAACUCUGAUGAAAAUGGAAAUAGGAGUGGAAAUUGCUGGUGUUUGGUCCCAUAUCUGGAGUGGAAAUCAAUCCGGUGAAUUCAAUUGGGACUCACUGUUAUUGGUUUCAAUCUGCAAAUCAUAUGUUUCUGAUUACAUCCCCCUUUUCACUGUUAGCAUUGUGUUUUCUUUGCAUUGAAAUGAUGGGUGGAAAAACAUUACUAUUGUUAUUAUUAUUAUAAUUUAUGACCUGCCCUUUACCCUAAGGUCUCAGAGUGGAUUGCAACAAUUGAAACUCAAUGUUAAAAACAGUUUAAAUCCACUUACAGUCACAAAAUUAAUGCAGGUCCUAUCGCAAUGACAAUAUGCAAUGAUUACAGAAAUUACGCAAGUUACGUAAUCUCACCACAGCAGAUGGCGAGACACGACGUUAAAAGUAGCUUAAAACAACUGACAAUCACAAAGUAGGGUUGGGCCCUAUUGCAAUGGCAAAGUAACUUACAUAGUUAGUUACCUAAAUCACACAUUUCACAAUUUUGCCCCAGUGGACCUGGAAAAAAAGAAUGUUGCUUUGUAUGGAAAAUGAAUCACAGCAGUCAGAAGCAGUGCUGCAUGCAAUCAGAGGCAUAGCAAGGUCAGAUGGUCCCCAAUGCAAAAAAAUUUUUGUCACCCCCCAAAAAAGUUGUUGAAGGUUAGGGAAGGUUGCCCAGAGUUGUUGAGCAAAUCCGACUGCCAAUCGCAUAAAACCGCUCAGCGGAGGGUGCAAACGCAGCCUGAUGGGGGGUGCAGGACUGAUGUCGGUCGGUCACGACUGGACCUGAUGGUCAGGGGUCCCUUUACCUUUAAGCAUGAUACCCGGGCCAGACCGCACCCCCCUUGCGAUGCCCUUGCCUCUACCCACAAUGCCACCUUAGUUCGGAGGCUGCUUGACUCCUUCAGCAACUGUGACUGGCUAAACCAAGCAUUCAGUUCUGGGUGGUGCUCCUCCUAGAACAAGGCGUAUUUACACCACCCCCCUAAGCAUGACACGCCGGGACAUGGGUGGCACUGUGGAUUAAACCACAGAGCCUAAGACUUGCCAAUCAGAAGGUUGGCGGUUCGAAUCCCCGCAACGGGGUGAGCUCCCGUUGCUUGGUGCCUGCUCCUGCCCACCUAGCAGUUCAAAAGCACGUCAAAGUGCAAGCAGAUAAAUAGGUACCACUCCGGCGGGGAGGUAAACGGCGUUUCCGUGCGCUGCUCUGGUUCGCCAGAAGUGGCUUAGUCAUGCUGGCCAUAUGACCCGGAAGCUGUAAGCCGGCUCCCUCGGCCAAUAAAGCAAGAUGAGUGCCGCAACCCCAGAGUCAGCCACGAAUGGACCUAAUGGUCAGAGGUCCCUUUACCUUUAAGCAUGAUAACCGGGCCAGACCGCACCCCCCUUGCAAUGCCCCUGCCUCUACUCACAAUGCCACCUUAGUUUGGAGGCUGCUUGACUCCUUCAGCAACUGUGACUGGCUAAACCAAGCAUUCAGUUCUGGGUAGUGCUCCUUCUAGAACAAAAUUAAAGGGUGUGCCCCCCCCCAAAGCCUAUGUGAACCUGCAAAGAUUUCAGGGAUUUCUUGUCCCUUUGGGGGGGACAGCUGUUCGGUCACAAGCAGCAACUUCAACAGAGUUUAGUGUCAAAUUUGGGACUGGCCCUACCAUAAGGCAGAAUGAGUCAGAGGCUUCCAAUGGCGGGUGUGGGAAGGAGGCGUAUGGACUUAGACAUAGCUGCCAACUGUCCCUUAUUUGGUGGGAAAGUCCCUUAUCCCAGCGCCGUGUCCCUCUGCUGUCCCUUAUUGAUGGUGUCCCUUAAAUUUCCCGGGUUUCAAAGGAAGCAGCUCCUCUCCCUCCCUCCCUCCCUGCCAGGGAGGAGGGAGGCUCCAACUGUGUUGCUUGGCUGCGUUGCUCACCCAAUAAGGAGUCUAAGAAUGACUGGGGGGUGGAGCUUGCAUGCCUUGUGCCAAUCAAAUCGGCCGCGUUGCCUGGGGACUCGCCUUUGCUCAGCGCUUCCCAGCGGAGAGGUGACGGCGGUUUUCAUUGCUGCAUCCCCUUUGCCGGGUUGCUGCGCUGUGGGAACUACCGCUUGAGGCUUUGUUUGGCUGCUGGCUGGGUUUUCUGCCUUUGGUUCGGAGGGGCUCAGAAGCUGAACAUACCUGUGCUCGGAAAAUCCCUUAUUUUGGCUGCUGAUCCCUUAUUUUCGAGGCUGCUGGUCCCUUAUUUUCAAAUCUGUUAGUUGACAGCUAUAGACUUAGAGGGGGGGUGAGAUGCCAGAAGAUAGAACAAUGCAUGCCCCAUAGACUAUCCCCUAAACCAGCUUGCUUCUAGCUACCACUUUUGUAGCUUUCCCCCCAUAUCAUAUUGGGAACUAUUGCUAAGGAGGCUGCAAGGUGUUAGAGGAUCCCUUUUCCCCUCACAGAGCUACAAUUCCCAGAGUGGUGUAACAAUGGAUCCCUCUCCCCAGGGAACUCUGGGAAUUGUAACCCUGCCCAGUACGUUCUCCUCUUCUGCACUCACGAAAAUCUCCAGCUUCCCCUAAAAUAAAUACCUUAAAAUAUUUCCCAUUUUCUGCACGUAAUUACCGUACCGCCCCCGAGUCUGGUUUCCCACUCUGCAUCCAAAGAAGGGGAAAACGUUUGGGGAAGAUCUCUCCAAAAGACGGCCACCUCCAUUCCAAGAGGUUUCAAAAAGCCCAAUCCAAAACAUGAACUGCUUACUCAAAAGUAAGGGCCGCUGAAUUCAGUGUAUAUGGAGGCAGGGGUCUUUCUCCUAACUGUACCUAGAGAUGCCGGGACUUGAACCCGGGACCUUCUGCAUGCAAAGCAGAUGCUCUUACCCCUGAGCUACAGUAGUUUCCUGGGGUGGGUGGGGGGGGGGGGUAGUAUUGUAGCCUCCCGAUUAGAGGGUUUGAUUCUCUCCCUCCCUGCCUCCCUCUCUGCUUUAACUGCUAAAUGCUGAAUUGCUCUUCCACCUUACAUGUUACCAGUUCAUUUCUGUCUCCAGUCAAACCAUUGGUAUUAUUAUUGUUGUUGUUAAUUUAUCAUGCACUGUAUAUAUGAUGAGAGACUGUUGUCGCGUUAUUUAUUUAUUUACUUAUUUAUUUAUUUAUUUAUUUGGAUUUUUUUUAAUAAAAACAAUUCUGUCACUGGGUUUUGGGUUGUUGAGGGGUGGGUAUUUACCCCCCCCCCAACAAAAAAUGUUUUCAUUUCAUUUUGAGAACCACUAGCUCCUCUCUAACGAAGAAAAUCAGCAACUGAACAUCUCAGAAAUUUAAACAUUUUGGACCCAGACAGGGGUGUUUUCCUUUUAAAUUCUGUUCACAUGUGACGGCUACAUAUUCUGAAGAAGAACACGCAGUAGAACAUUUCAUGAAGGAGAAAUAGAGGUUUUCUUUUCCUGAAGCAUCUGAACUCAAGCAGAACAAGGCAAAAGACAAGAUGUGGUCCUCAUUUCAGACCCAGAAGCUGACACAAUUGGCAGUUGAUUUUUUUUUUUCCUGUCUACUUGCCCUCCUGUGAGGGGAGCAGGCUAGCCUAAGGGGCAUAGCAGGCUGUCUUCCAACUCCUUGCCGCCACUGCCUGCCCCUCAAAAUCUGCUGCCUGAGGCAGCUGCUUCACUCCACCUAAUGGUAGAGCCAGUCCUGACAUGAAUUCAAAUCCUUUAGAACAAAGCCAGGCUGCAGAAUGGGCUGUGUGUGAUGAGUAGCAGGCAACACAUCCCUCUCGUUCUCACAUUUUGACAAGCGGCUACUAAGCUGCUCCAAAACAUUGGUUCAUUGAACUUCAGAUUUAAACAAAAAACAAAAAAAAACUACCUUUGAUAUGGCUGUAUUCUUUAGUCUUCCUGAAGAAGUUUCACACACACACAAAUGUACAAAUAAUAAUAAUAAUAAAAUCCUGCUGUGUUUCAUUCUCA